AUGUCUGCCGAUCCCACAGUGCAGGCCACAGAGCUUGAUCUUGACAACGAAGCGUACGACUCGGCCGAAGACGAAGACUUUGAAUUUGAUGCCGCGCAAGAUGAUUCAGACGUCUCGCUAUCGUCGGAUGACGAGAAUGAAGCUAAACCGGCGACAAAACGACGGAAGUUGAAUAAAAAGGUUCGGGAACCGGAGGAGAAAGAGCUGGAUUCGGGCGACGAGGCAACCAUCCGCAAGGCGAAGGAGAAGAGACACAAGGGAAAGAAGUCGAAGGAUGACGCGAAAGAAGACAAAGACGAAGAUGAUAUCUGUUUCGACGAUGAAGAAGAAAGUGGAGCGGGGGGGUUCGUGAAAACAAGAGCGAUGAGAAUGCAAAUGAUAGAAGAACGCAAACCUCUUGCAAAGAUCGAAGGUGCAACAGUCGAUGUCGAUGCGCUAUGGGCGAGGAUGAAUUCCUCCGAUACAAAUUCAGGCCUUUUGCCAUCUCAAAUACAACCAGAGAACCAAGAUGAGGACGCGUUCCCCUUAAUAGAAGAAAUCAAAGAACCUGCAGUGCAAGACAAAGAGCCGGAGCAUCAAGAAAAGCAGACAUCACUCUAUGCAGAAGAAAUGGUCAAGAUCAAGCGCACUUACAAGUUCGCUGGUGAAAUCAUUACCGAGGAGAAGAUCGUACCCAAGGACUCAGCCGAAGCAAAGCUUUUCCUAGCUAAUGGAGAGAACGUCGAGCCUGUCACUGCGGAUGAAUUGGCGGAAACUGCCAAGUCCGCUGUGAAAUUGCGCAGGCCGCUCCGCAAGGUGUCGCGGUUUGACCCCAACCCCACGGGGUCCAUCAAAAAGAGCUGGGAGAAACAACAGAUUGUCGCAGCCGCAGACGCGAAUGCCAAGGGACCAAGAAUCAACACUGUCGAGAAAUCAAGGCUGGACUGGGCCAAAUACGUUGAUAAAGCGGGUAUCCGAGAUGAACUCAAUGUCCACAGUAAGGCCAAGGAAGGCUAUCUUGGCCGCAUGGACUUUCUGGACCGCGUGGACUCAAAGAGGGAAGAGGAGAGGAAAGCUAUGCGACUCAAGGGCCUGUAG